CAUAGAUCUCCAACCGUAGACAGAACUAUGGAGCCAGAGACUAACGUGGACCAGGACACAAAUGUUGAAGCUGAAAAUAGUGAUGAAAUAUGGCAACAAUAUCAUGAUGCAGAACGAGCAAUCGACCAAUAUCAACGGGGCAUUCAGCAGCAGCUGAGAAUAAUGCGUGGCCUUAUGCAUAAGUUAGGGAGUCGAAGACAUAGCGGGGUCAAUUCAGAUGCGGGUGGUCACUCUACCUAUGCACCAGCCAACACUCCCACAGCUGAUGACCAUGCAUUCCCUGGUGAUGAGUACAUGGCUUCGCAUGCUGCAGACCAUGUGCUAGACACACCAGAUCGUGUUGUCGCCCCUGAGUAUGACUUGCAGCCUAGUGUACCCAUUAAUGUAGUAAGCGGCAUCACAUACAAUGACAACCUGCUAUUAUCCCUAUUUGACAUGCAGGAAAUGGCACGAUUGCGGAGUUUUUGUAAUGAAUUCAUGGAAUUGUGGUCAAUGGGGGGGUUCUCCAAAUCAUCGAUGUGGGAAAUUGAAACAUUACAGGUUGAAGAUCAUGGGGAGUAUGUUGUUCUCAGCCAAAAUGCACACCGGACCGUGUCCGUAGAAAUUAAAGGGAUGUAA